UCUUUAUUUUAUUUAUUUAUUUAUUUAUUUUAAAUUUUGGCUUCUUAAACAACUUCUUUGCAUUUGCACCAACUUGGACCAGAGCUUCAUCCAGAUUCAUUUUUCUCUCUUUCGGAGCGCUGGUCUUUCUCUCUCUCUCUCUGCUAACGUACGCCUCCAUCUUUGUAUUUUUCAGUGAAGGAAGAAGAAGAAGAAGAAGAUGGAAAAGCUUGUGAUCGAGGUUAAGGAAUCGACGAUGGUGAAGCCGGCGACGGAGACACCUCAGAGGAUUCUAUGGAACUCGAAUUUGGACUUGGUGAUUCCGAGUAUUCAUACGCCUAGCGUUUACUUUUAUAGACCUACCGGCGCCGCCAAUUUCUUUGAUGCCGGUGUUAUGAAACAAGCUCUAAGUAAGGCACUCGUUCCUUUUUAUCCCAUGGCUGGUCGAUUGCGCCGAGACGAUGAUGGUCGUAUCGAGAUUGAUUGUAAUGCCGAUGGUGUUCUCUUCGUUGAGGCUGAGUCAAACUUCGUCAUCGAUGAUUUUGGCGAUUUUGCUCCGACGCCUGAGCUCCGGAGACUCAUUCCUCCUGUUGAUUACUCCGGUGGCAUUGCUUCGUAUCCACUCUUGGUGUUACAGGUUACAUACUUUAGAUGUGGGGGUGUAUCACUUGGUGUUGGUAUGCAACACCAUGCUGCAGAUGGUUUUUCAGGUCUCCAUUUUGUGAAUACUUGGUCUGAUAUGGCUCGUGGUCUUGACCUUACAAUUCCACCCUUUAUAGAUAGGACACUACUUCGUGCUCGUGACCCACCUAAAGCUACAUUUGAUCACAUUGAGUACAAACCCCCACCAGCCAUGAAAACCACCACCACCACCACCACAAACUCUCCUCAAUCCACUCCUGAAAACACCACACAUGCAGUUGGUAUGUACAAAUUGACUAAAGAACAAGUAGCCAUGUUGAAAGGCAAGUCCAAGGAAGAUGGGAACACAGUCAACUACAGCUCGUACGAGAUGUUAUCAGGACAUGUGUGGAGAUGUGUAUGCAAGGCUAGAGGAUUGCCCGACGAUCAAGAUACAAAACUGUACAUUGCUACUGAUGGAAGGUCUAGGCUGCAACCACCACUCCCACCUGGUUACUUUGGCAAUGUGAUUUUCACAUCCACACCGCUCGCUGUGGCUGGUGAUCUUAUGUCAAAGCCAACUUGGUAUGCUGCUAGUCGAAUUCACGAUGCUUUGGUAAGGAUGGACAACGAGUACUUAAGGUCCGCGCUUGAUUUCUUAGAAGUUCAGCCUAAUCUUUCAGCUCUUGUCCGGGGAGCUCAUACUUUUAAGUGCCCAAAUCUUGGAAUUACUAGUUGGGUCAGAUUGCCUAUCCAUGAUGCUGAUUUCGGUUGGGGUCGACCAAUUUUCAUGGGACCAGGUGGGAUUUUUUGUGAGGGCUUAGCUUUUACUUUACCUAGCCCAACAAACGAUGGAAGCUUGUCAAUUGCAAUUGGUCUUCAACCUGAUCACUUGAAAGCAUUUGAGAAGUUGUUAUACGAAAUAUGAUAGGGACUUUGUUUUCUGGUAAAUUGUCUCUUGUUAUUUUUUGUUCUCCCUUCUUCUUCUUCUCUACACUUUUUAUUUUUUGUUCCUUCUUUUUGUGAAUUAGACUUCCUGUCAUAUGAUAAUUUUAAAUGGUGUUGUAUACCUAUAAACUCUAAACUUUCGUGUUACAAUUUAUAUUUUAUACUUUAUAGUGGUGAUAAUACAACACAAACUACAGGAAUUGGAUCUGAUUUUGAAA